AUGCCUCCGCCAACGUCGACGACGUCCAACGAGCUCGACAAUAACAAUUCGAUGGCAGCGUCGCCGCCGCCAACUAGCUCCGAUCAGCAGCGCAAAAAGUCGUUCAGUAUUGAAAGAACAGCGCCGAUUGAAAAUGGAAGGGAAACGUAUAUUGAAAUCGAUAAGGAUGGAAAAGGUCUUGGUCUCUCAAUCGUCGGCGGUGCUGACACCGUUCUCGGCACUGUUGUAAUUCACGAGGUUUAUUCGGAUGGCGCAGCUGCGAUUGACGGUCGCUUAAAACCUGGCGAUCAGGUUUUAGAGGUUAAUGGAAUCUCGUUGCGAGGGGUUACGCAUGAUCAGUCGAUCGCAUAUUUGAGGAGAACACCUCCAAAAGUUCGAUUACUGAUUUAUCGCGACGUGAAUCUACAGUUAAGCCUUUUGGAUCCAACACAGAUCUAUAAUAUGUUUGAAAUCGAUCUCAACAAAAAGGCUGGCAGAGGAUUGGGCAUUAGUAUAGUUGGAAGGAAAAAUGAGCCGGGUGUUUAUGUUAGCGAAAUCGUCAAAGGCGGUGUUGCCGAACAAGACGGCCGUCUGAUGCCUGGAGAUCAGAUUCUGGAGGUCAAUGGAAAGGAUGUGACAGGCUGCAUGCAGGAGGAAGUUGCGGCAAUGCUCAAAACUUGCACAGGCAAAGUCCACCUCAAGCUCGGACGUUGGAAGAUCACCGAGACGGCGAAUCGGGUUCACGCGGCCACUGAAGCACUCGCGAAGUCGGCGACGACACCACGGGUUGGUAGAAAGACGACUGAGAACAAUGUUGAGACGGUGGCCACGACUCCCUCUCCGGCGACAUCAGCACCAUCGACAUCACGCGAAGAGCGGAAAGAUGUUCCGCCCCCGGCGCCACCGAUGAGGCCAAUCAUCACACACACCUCGCCUGAUGGGGAAGUAAUGCCUGCAGAGACGGGCGGUCUUUCACCGGUCACCGAAGAGCCGUCAUCUGGAACCGAAUUCAAGAGCGUGCACGAUGACGAGAAAUCUCAAGCUACGACGGCGCCGCCGCCGUCGUCGAAUUCGCCGAGCACACUAAACACGCCGGCGACGAGCACACCUAAUGGCAGUAAUAACAACAAUUCGCUCGCCAUCGACAUUAUUCAUGAUUUGAAUGAAGAGGGAAGCGACACGAUGCUUGUCGAGCUAAAAAAGGCGCCUGAUCAACAAUUAGGAAUGGGAAUUGGAAAACGGACGAGAGGUAUUCUAGUGACGUCAUUGCAGCCAGGAUCGGCUGCCGCUGAGAAACUCAAAGUGGGAGAUCGAAUAAUGGCGGUGAAUGCGUUGCCAGUCACAGAUCAGCUCUCUGCUGUUACAUUCGUCAAAGCUAGUGGUGAGCGAUUGUUUCUUCAAAUCGCCCGUCCUCGGACUGCACCACCCACUUAG